AUGGCUCAGCACUCCGUGUACGCACCAUCGGGGAAUUCUCCCAUCAUCCACCGUCAAAGGGCUCCUUCUGCGCCCCGUGCGUACAGCCACAGGGACAACCCGCUUUUACUCGGAUCUAUAGAUUUCGAAGCCCGGGCUCAAUACCAUGGAUUCUCAGCGCCACUGGAUAAUCACGCUCAUAUGGUGAAUCAACGGCUCUCUUACCCUCCCGCUGGACAACCACUCCCUCUGCCACCAGUAUAUCCUGACUGGAGCCACUCCCCCCACAUGUCGAACGAGCCUGUAAGACAUGAUGUUAGGCCAAUGAAUACCUCGGAAAGCCCGGAAUAUAUCGUGGAAAGGAACAGUCGGCGCGCUGCCGAUAUAAGCCGAGGAAGCUCUCAAUACAUUUCCCAGAGACGUCCGUCCACCCGGGAUGAAUUUGACGGUCCCCAUCAAAUCUUGGAACCUCCCCGGAGCCACACAGUUCGUGAGGAAGAGCUCCCACAGCUCCCUACUAACCUCGAUGCAGCUGAACAAGAUAGAAUCUUGCACCAAGUCAAUGAUCGCUUAUCCACGUGUGGCUAUGACUUCUUUGCAAGGUAUCAGUUCCCCAUUCCUAUAGAGCCAGACAAGCGACGAGUCCAAGUUCCCUCGGACCGUGAAUGGAAUGAAUGGGUACAUUUGCUGAAGAGGCUGGCAACCCGACGCCGCAUUCCUCGCCACACUCUCCACAAUGGUCAGAUCAAGCAGCUUAUUACUGUGUUAGAGAACUCGCUGGAGAUGCGCCAUGCUGCGAAGCACAGCUCUCGACCCGUCAAGGAUGACCGCAAUGUGCUGCAGCUCAUCUCAGCUGGUACCCAGGUUGCCAAGAUCCUGAAGGACUCUAGUGCUAUGCAGUUCUUCGAUUGUCUUUAUGUUGACACGGAGAAGCUGAUUAAUGAACGUCGCCGCCGAGUGAGAUUUGCGGACCAUUGA